AUGAUUAUAACAGAAACAUGGCUUCGAGCAGAAGAUCCAGUCGUCAUCGCAGAAUGCCUACCAGCUGGAUAUGUGGUUGUGAAUGCUCCAAGACCAACAGAUCCUCAUGGCGGCAUCGCGGUUAUUUUUAAGUCUCCACUUCAACUGCAGCUGAAAAUGGACAACUCUAUGACCUAUUCUACAUUUGAGCUUGCACACGUUGUUAGCAAUGCAGGUCAAGUGCAUUUCUUUGUAGUCUACCGACCACCACCUUCUGUGCAGAAUCAGCUCCGUACAGCGGACUUUCUUCGAGAAUUCGAUGACCUUACUGCUGAGAUAUCACGAUUGGCUGGGCGUGUUCUUCUUCUUGGGGACUUUAACAUUCACGUCGAUAAACCUUCAAAGUCUGAUGUAGCUCAGUUCCUAUCCAUCAUAGAAUCUGCUAACUUGGUUCAACAUGUCAUCGGAGCUACCCAUAACAUGGGUCACACUUUGGACCUUGUAAUGACCAGAGAUGAGAGUAAUCGUCAAGGACAAUACUCUGCAGACAUCAGUCCUACCUGUCAUGGCUGCAUCAUUGAAGACAUUGUCAUUCAUCAGAGUCUCAUGUCUGAUCAUCACUGCAUCCGGUUUGUACUCAGGUAUCCUCGGCCGGUGGUUAAGAAAGUUAAGCGGACUUUCAGGAACUUCAAGGAAAUGGACAUUGAAGGAUUUAGUGAGGCACUGAUUGACAAACUUAAUGACUUGUCCUCGGCGGGUGAUGUUGAUUCAGUUCUUACUGCGUAUAACACAUCUGUUGCAGCCUGCGUUAAUGAGUUUGCUCCACAGAAAUCAUGUCUCCGCUCCACAAGGGUUCGCAAUCCUUGGUUCAAUGAGGAAAUCCAUACUGCCCGUCGAGAAAGAAGACGGAUUGAACGGAAAUGGAUCAAAAGUUCUUCUGACACUGAUCACACAUCUUUUAAGCUAGCUAACAAGCAUGUUAACGACCUCAUAGUUAAGGCUAAGCAAAAAUACUAUACGGAGUUACUAUGUAAAGCCAAUAUCAAAACAGUUUUUAAUGUUGUUAAUAAUCUGCUCCACAAGAAUGUUAAGUUUCUCCCCGAGUAUGAUAAUCCUCUUGAUCUAGCAAAUCGUUUUUCUUUGUUCUUUGUCAAGAAGAUAAGUGAUAUCCGCAACAAUGUCACAAAUACAUCUGAACCUAGAAGUGUAGAAAAUCAGAUUCUCAACCUACUUGGCUUUUGA